ACCAGGUUAAUCACUGUUUUCCGGAAAGCUAGGCCUGGGAGUCAGAGGAUUUUAUUUCAUCACUUACCAGCUGUAAAUUCAGGGCCAGGAGUUUCGUUUCCCUGGGACUGUCUUUGGAGGAACCUGAUUUAUCUAGCUUUUGCCAUCAUCACUUGUUUUUUGCCCCUUGGGCCUUAUCCUUUGUAACCUCAUGGUCACUAAACUACAUCGAAAUACAAUUCAUUUUCUCUCUAAAAUAAAAUUAAAGCAGUAACUGUCAAUCACCUCUUUGGGUCACCAGAAGAACCACUUAUCUCUAGGUUGAUAGUGCCUGUGAGCCUGGAAGAAAUGUUGUAGGUCAGCACUUGGUACCCAGGUAAUAUAUAAUUUCUGACAGGUACGUGUGUGUUUAAAUGAGCCGAUUUUGACUAUCGUCCUCUGGUAGUAGAUUUAAAAUUCAUCAGGAGAGUUCAUUACUUGGAUUUCUGGGCUCCAGCCUUCGGAAGUGGCCUGAUAGGGAGCAUAGCAGUUUACAUGGUAACAAGUAUUGCAGGUGACUCUGGAGUACACUGUGCUCCUAGGAUGUAAAGACACCUUGGUGGUAACCAUGGAUGUAUAUAGAAAGGUGCUUUUGGUUCUUAUAGUUGAAUAUCCAAGUGACAGCUGCCAUCAGAAAAAUAAUCCUCACUUCACAGGCCCUCUGUUUCCCACAACUGUAUUUGGUGUAAGGUUUUUGUCUAAAAUUCUAUACAGACAGAAGAUGAAAAAGUGAAACAAAACUCAGCAAACAUUUCUUGAGGAUCGCUUAUGUCCCAUACUUGGCUAGACUCUGACAUGUCUUCAUGUCAUUAACUAUUUCUAUAGAAGAGGAGGUUAGGACACCUUAAAAAUACAGUGACUGUAUUUCUUUGCUACAAUAGUUGCAUCAAUAUUGAUUUUCUUGUAGGAUUUAUCUGUGGGGACGUUACCAAAAUAUGAACCAUGAAUCUUUUCUUUUGACUUAAUUGUUUUACAUUUUAAUGCUUAUAGUCAAUUCAAUUCGAAAGCAAUUGCUUUUCAAAAAUCUUUUUAUGUAGCUUUGUAGGAAUUACUUUAAUUUCUAUUUGGGUGGUCUGUGAGGUUUAUAGGCAGGCUUUUGUUGGCUUUACUAUUCUAGACAAAGCAUUCUCUUGUUUAAUUACUAUAUUCUUGGGUUUAAAACAUUCUUUUGUACUAUUACUGUUUCUGAAAUUAUAAUGUACCUUACAAUUUUUAUAUGUUUAAUGUGGUAGGAUAUGUCAUCUCUUCUCCCGUGCAUCUUCCAAAAGCUUUUAAAAGGAAUGAUUGUUUUACAAUGUAAGUAAUGUAAAAAUCAGAGAAAUGGCUGUUUGUCCCACACAGUUGGGGACUGAUCCAAGCUGCUAUGUAGUGGGUUUUAGGCUGGAGUCGGCCUACAGCAGCAAGAGCCCAACUCCAGCAGACCUUGGAUUGAAUGUAGAGAAGGUUCUCAAAAAUUGGGCACAAAAGGAAGCAUCUGUCAAUGUAUUAGGUGUUUUUGGCAUAUGUACCAUAAUGAGGUGAAAAAGGGAACUUAAUAUGGAAGUUUGGGAGGUGAUAGGGAAAGUUUUCACAUGGGAGGAAAUGUAAUAGUCUAGGAAGAUGCCUGAAGCCUAUACAUGCUAGAACAAGUUCAUUCCUAUCAACCAAUCAGCAUGUCUAGCAAUUGAGAUCUUCAUAUUAGGGUGUACAUCAGUUAAAAGUAAUUCGUUUUCUGGAAUCAUUAAAUAUUUAAAGAUAUUUAGUAUUCAAAAAAAAUCAGAGAAAUAGUAUAUUUGUCCAGUAACCUCUAAGCUAGCUUGCAUUUAACGUAGCCUGAAAUCAUUUCAGCAUGAACAUAGAGAAAUAAUAAAUGAUGUAACUUUUGGCAGCAUAAGUAGUGAAAUUUAUAUCCUCACAAAAGCACUUGUGUAGUAUUGAGGUUAAUUUUGUUAGUGAUUGUAGAUGGGAAAAAUUCCUUUAGUGAUUUCAUUUUGGGUUAAGAAUUUUGCACCCUGUUUAGCCCCACUUUCCGGUGAAUGUGCUUACACGGUAUUCAUGGAUUAUGCUUAAAACAAGCCUUUCACCUGCAUUUCCUGCUCCCUCCCCUUAAAUAAAUUUUAGACUGAUCAGUUGUGAGAGAUAAAAGGUGUAUAGUUGAACAUAAAAUUGCUUUAUUGGGUAACCUUUAGUGAUGCAAAUCUAAUAAACAGUUUUAAAAAAUUAAAUGUGAGCAAUGCUUCAGGGUUCCCAAGGCCAUCCUUAAUUGAGCAAUUUGCUAGGAGCACUCUGGGCUGAUUUACUUUAUCGAACGGAUACCAGGCACAAUUGGCAAAGGGAAGAGGCACAUGGGGUGUCCUGGGGCGACCAAGCACAAGGUUCCAAGCGUCUUCUACCCAGUGGAGUCAUGCUGGAUGUGCUCAGUUGCACCAACAGUUAGUUGUGUCAAGGCUUGUGAAAUGUUGGCAACCAGGGAAGCUCAUGAGAGACUCAGUUCCCUGGGGUUUUUAUUGGAGGCUGAUCACGUAGGCAGCCUCUACCUGGCACAGACCCAAAUUCUAGACUCCCAGAAGGAAAGUAGGUGUUCAGUGUAAACCAUAUUGUUUGUGCAGUUUAGGCAUCAUGAGCCACCCUCAUCAGUUAUUAGUGGUGGGAACCCUUCCAAAAUCUAAGUUCCCAGAUGUCAAUCACAAGCUGGACUUUCAAAGAAUAGCAGUCAGGCCUGGUCUGGUAGCUCCUUUCUGCACCAGAAGUCCUCCUUACUCAAUCUGUUUUCAUAUCUCCUUGUAUUUUUUAUCACUAAGGGUUCCAAGUAUUAGUGAUGGUUUGUCUCACUGAAGCCUUUAUUCUUGGGAAUUUAAGCUGGUCUGUUUGACUUAAAAGGGAUGGAAAACAUUUUUAGAGAAUGUAUCACCUUGACUACCUAUCCUAAAACAUAUUUUUUUCCAAGCUUAAGCCCUUACCUCUCUAUUGUGGGCUUUCAUAUUCUCUUUCCACCGUGCUCCUGUGUUUCCUUACUGGAAUUUGAUCUCUUGAGGAACUGACCUAUUUGAGGGCUCAGAACAUAGAAACUAAGAGAAACCGUGAGAAGAGUUCUGUAUUUUGACGUUUCUACUUCUUAAUUUGGUCAUUUUACAUCUGGGUUGCAUUCUGAAUGUUCUUUUAUAAAUCAUUUGUUAUGAUAUGUAACAUAUGGUUCCAGGAUGUUUAUGCCCCAGGCCACAACUCUAAUUCUACUCAGUCUACAGUAUAGCUGAAAUACUGCUUGUUUAUAAGGACAAAGGAGCAGAAAAUGGUAUUCUUGAAAUUCUGGUAACUCAGCAAAACCCGUAAUAUUUAUAAAUACAUUACUGGUCUUUCCCAAGUUUGGCUUUUGUAAGCACAGUGGUUCUUACCCUUUUGGGGGGACAGGGAUUCCUUUAAGAAUCUGGUGAAAGCAGUAUACUCCCUUCUUGGAAAAAAACCUACUUUAUAAUUUGCAGUCUCAGGAAAUUUAUACAAAUUGCAUUACAGUUCUUGCAAGCAGAUGUGGGAGACCUUCAUUAUAAGUGUAACAAUAGUUUGAUUUGGGGGCAGUUCUGAGGGACGCUCAACUGUUCUUGGGAGGGUUGUUUCUCUUGCUACUUAGAAGUGUACCAUGGUCCAACAGCAGCAUCAGCUCCCGGGAGCGUGUCCAAAUGCAGACUCUCAGGCCCCCCACCUCAGAACCAAUGAAUCAUGACCUACGUUUGAGCCAGAUGCCCAGGUUUGGAUUUCCUUACUGCUUUGUCUUGAAGACAGAACUAUGCCAAAGAAAGCGAAGCCUGCAGGGAAUGGGAGGGAGGAGGGGCCUGUUCCCUGUAAGCAGGUAAAGGUGGAGGCAGCUGGAGGGUCUUCCACUUUAAACUUUGACAGCCCCGGUGGUCUCUUUGAAAGUUUAAUCUCACCUAUCAAGACGGAGACGUUCUUCAAGGAAUUCUGGGAACAGAAGCCCCUUCUCAUUCAGAGAGAUGACCCUGCACUGGCCACAUAUUACCAGUCCCUGUUCCGGCUAACAGAUCUGAAGAGUCUGUGCAGCCAGGGUAUAUACUAUGGAAGAGACGUGAAUGUCUGCCGUUGUGUCAGUGGGAAGAAGAAAGUUUUAAAUAAAGAUGGCAAAGCACACUUUCUUCAGCUGAGAAAGGAUUUUGAUCAGAAAAGGGCAACCAUUCAGUUUCACCAACCUCAGAGAUUUAAGGAUGAGCUUUGGAGGAUCCAGGAGAAGCUGGAAUGUUACUUUGGCUCCUUGGUUGGCUCCAAUGUGUACCUAACCCCUGCUGGAUCUCAGGGCCUCCCGCCCCAUUACGAUGAUGUCGAGGUUUUCAUCCUGCAGCUGGAGGGAGAGAAACACUGGCGCCUCUACCAUCCCACUGUGCCCCUGGCACAGGAGUACAGCGUGGAGCCGGAGGACAGGAUCAGCAGGCCGACGUAUGAGUUUACACUGAAGGCAGGUGACCUGCUGUACUUUCCCAGAGGGACCAUUCAUCAAGCGGACACUCCUCCAGGACUGGCCCAUUCUACUCACGUGACCAUCAGCACCUACCAGAACAAUACAUGGGGAGAUUUCCUUUUGGAUACCAUCUCGGGGCUUGUGUUUGAUACUGCAAAGGAAGAUGUGGCUCUACGGGCUGGCAUACCCCGGCAGCUGCUCUUGGUGGAAACCACAGCUGUUACAAGGCGACAAUUAAGUGGCUUUCUGAGGACACUUGCAGACCGGCUAGAGGGCACCAAAGAACUGCUUUCAUCAGACAUGAAGAAGGAUUUUGUUAUGCACAGACUCCCCCCUUACUAUGUGGGAGAUGGAACAGAGCUGUCAACACCAGGUGGGAAGUUACCGAGGUUGGACAGCAUAAUAAGACUUCACAUGAAAGAUCACAUUGUCCUCACAGUAGGGCCGGAUCAGGAUCCAUCUGACGAAGCUCGAGAAAAGAUGGUUUACAUCUAUCAUUCUUUAAAGAACAGGAGAGAGACCCACAUGAUGGGAAAUGAGGAGGAAACAGAGUCUCAUGGACUUCGCUUUCCUUUAUCACAUUUGGAUGCACUGAAGCAAAUUUGGAACAGUUCAGCUAUUUCUGUAAAGGACCUGAAACUUACUACAGAUGAGGAAAAGGAAAGCCUGGUAUUAUCCCUCUGGACAGAAUGUUUAAUCCAAGUCGUCUAGUGCCUUUGUAGAAUCAAACAUGGACUAUUUUAUAUGCACAUGGCAGAAAAGUGAAGCAUCAGAUUGGGUGGGGGGAAUGGCUACACUUAUGAGCCAAGAGAAGAUGAAUGCAGGUCCCCUACAGGGGGUCCUCUGGGCCCAUGCACAAGGCCACAGGGAAGAAGUGUCCCACAAAGUGAUAAAACUACACUUUUGACAAAUUUAUUUAAUCCAGUGUGGUAGAAAAAAGGCACAACUCCAAUAAAUGUGUCAUUUAGAAAUAAAUGUUGUUAACCUGGCUUUAUCUUUGUUCUUUGGAAGAAACAACUUCUUUAAAGAGCUUCCUUAGCCCUAGAAAAAUUUUAAACAACAGAAGAAAAAAUUUUAACUUGGUUUUUUACAAUUAAAAUAUAUAUACCUUUGUGUAGACACAAGUACCCCCCCAUUAAAAUAAAGUUAUUCCUAUAACAUAAAUUUUAUUAAAUAAUACUGCCACACCAGUGAGAGGCACUCAACACCUAUGGACAUAAGGGAGUUUGACAGAUUCUGCUUCAAAGAUGAGCAGGAAAAGCCUGAGACUGAAGGGGGAAAAAAACAUAAUAUUUACAUGGAAAGACCAGGUCUAUAAAAAAUACCCAGAAGAGUGGGUCUUUGAGUUUAAACUAUUCAUGUGUUCUAAAGUGCACAUAGGUUGAUAUUUUUAAAAAUAUCACUGGAGAAUUUAAUCUUUCUAUAUAAAAAUAGAGCAUUUUUCUGCUUUCUGGCAAAAGUUGGGGUUGAAAGAAUAGUUGUCUCAAUCCAACUGAGGGGGGAAAAAUUCUUGUGAAUUGUGCAGUUAAAGGUGGUAAAGAUGAUGUCCUACCUUACUUAAGUGAUAGCUUCCUUAAAAACUGAAUUUUCUGUCAUUCAGUAGAAAAAUCAACUUAAAAAGAAAUAAGGUAAGGUCAAAAUUCAAAUACAGUUGAAAUUUCUUUUUAUGUCAAAGAAAUAUUUGAGUGUUCUUAUAUUUAAGUGGCAUAGUCAUUAUAAAUAUGCCUCCUUGACGCUGUAUCAGGCAAAAUUUAGGGUGAAGUUUCAGCAUGCAUGGUGCUAGGCAGCUAUUGUUAGAGUAUUGCUGCCUAAAGAAAUGUUUUUUUAUAACACUUCAGAGUGCAAAGUUGGCCAUUUUUUUGUUAAGGACCAAGGAAAACACUCCAGUACUGUGGCCUUUUUCCUAACAAAGCUGAGCUCCUUCCCUGGGGUCAGUUACAAGUAUAUAUUUGUAAAGGAUGCUCCAGUUAUAAAAGCCUCAAUAUAAAAACUUUAAGGUUUAUCUAAUACAGCAGCUUAAUAAAAAGUUUUAUUAUAUACAUUUUCAGAUAUUGCUAAAAAAUUAUUCAUCUGUUUUUUGCAAAAGACCUUUCCUUGACCUAUAGGAAGGAAUCUGUUUCCCAGUGCUUUGCAUUCAUACAGGAAUCUAGUAGGAUAUUAAUCACUAAUACAGGGUGACAGCAUCACCAGUAUCAGGAAUAGGAGUCUGUCAUGUUUGGUGGAUAGGAGAGAAAACAAACUUCAGGCAACUUGCUCACCACACUUGGAGAUCGAUCAGGAAUAGACCCUUUCCCAGAAAUCACAAGAUUUUCUCCAUAGGAACAUCAAGUAACUGGAAAGAAUGUUUUUACCUUUUCCAAGGUUAAGAGCAAUAGUCUCAGAGCUUGGGGGAAAGGCCCUUUCUGCUCUGAUCCAGGAGGGUGAGGGCAGUAGCUUCCUCUUCACCUGUA